AUGUCUAUUGAUGGAAUCGAAUGUUCAUCUUUCAAAGAAGUUGUGCAGAAGAGAGGUCUUCUUAAAAGUGAUAAUGCCAUCUCAGAAUGUUUAGAAGAUUCAGCUUUCUUCAACAUGCCAAUUAUAGUUCGUAAACUUUUUGCAACGAUACUUGUUUAUUGUGAGCCUGGUGAUGUUAGAAAGCUAUGGAAUAAUCAUUAUGAAGCAUUGUCUGAAGACAUUAAGAAAACAAGUGCAGAUUCUGAAUAUCAUACAUUAGAAACAAUAAGAAGUGUGAAUUCUUUCUUACAAAGCAUGGGAAAAAGUAUCAAAGAUUAUGAUUUUCCCCAACUUAAAGAAAAUUGCAAUCAGUUAAAUGGAAAGCAACCAAGAGAAAUUGUAGAUGAAUUUUUUAUAAAAGUUCCUCUAGAAGAUUAUGAUGCGACAAAUAAGUUGAAGCCCGAGCAAUACAAUGCAGACAAUGAAAUUCUAAACCAAGUGAAUGAUAACCAAAGUGGCAUUUUUUUUAUUGAUGGGCCAGGAGGUACAGGAAAGACAUUUUUAUAUCGUGCACUACUUGCAACAAUAAGAUCAAAGAAUCAAAUUGCUCUUGCAACAGCAACCUCAGGGGUAGCAGUAGCAAUAAUGCCAGGAGGUAGGAUAGCUCAUUCAAGGUUUAAAAUUCCAAUCAGUAUCGAUGAUUCAAGUGUUUGCAAUUUUUCAAAACAAAGUGCCACAGCUAAGUUAAUAAGAAAAGCAAAACUUAUCAUCUGGGAUGAAGCGCCAAUGGCAAAACGUCAAGCAAUUGAAGCGCUGGAUAGGACAUUGCAGGAUAUAACAAACAACUCAGAACCAUUUGGAGGAAAGGUUGUCAUAUUCGGAGGAGAUUUUAGGCAAGUACUUCCAGUGGUUCCUCGUGGUACGAGAACAGAAACUGUGGAUGCAAGUUUAGUAAUGUCAUAUUUAUGGCCAAAAAUGAAGAAAUUGCAAUUGACAACCAAUAUGAGGGCAAUCAGUGAUUCUUCUUUCAGUGAAUUUCUAUUACGUGUUGGUAAUGGGGAAGAGCCAACUGAAUAUGAAGAUUUGAUUCACAUACCAAAUGAAAUGGUCAUAAAAUAUGACGAUGAAAAAAAAUCUGAAGAUGAGUUGAUAAAUGCAAUAUUUCCUACAUUACAACAGCAUGCAUAUUCGACAGAAUACAUUACACAACGAGCAAUCUUAGCUACAAAGAACGAAACAGUAGACAAAUUAAAUGACAAACUUAUUGAUCUAUUUCCAGGAGAUAGUGUUACGUAUUAUAGCUUUGAUUCAGCAACUGAUGAUGCAGAAACUCAAUAUCCAGAAGAAUUCCUCAAUUCAUUGGCUCCGAAGGGACUUCCACCUCAUAAAUUAGUUUUGAAGAAGAAUUGUCCAAUAAUGCUUUUAAGGAAUUUGAAUCCUUCACAUGGAGAAUUUUCUGCUGAUGAGUUUUCCCAGAUUGCAGUCUCAAACUCUAAAACACUAUUCUGUGGUGCCAACAAGGGUUCCCUCCUCAGGAGGGAUGAAAGAGAGCAAAUAGGCUUCUGA